AUGGAGCAUUUCGAGAGCGAGGACCUCGAGAAGGAGCUGCUCAAGAGGAUGCACGACCUGGAUCCGGAGGCGCUGCUCAACAGCGCGCAGGGUGCGCUGACCGACGCCCAGGUCCGCGAGCAGCUGGUGGGAAAGCUGAAGGACACCAUCCUGGACUUCAUCCUGAGGAUCCUCCCGGCCGUGCACAUCGAGAGGCUGACGGGCACCGACAGGGGCUGCGACUGGGAGAUCAACGACAUCAGCUUCUCGGACUUCUCGUUCCAGAAGGAGAACGUGUACCUCUCGCUCGGCGCGCCCUCGCAGGGCGAGGAGCUCCUCCGCCUGAGCGCCUGGGACAUCUCGGCGCACUUCCGGGGGCUGAAGGUGCUGGUGAAGCAGACGUUCUUCCCGUACAUUCAGGCCGAGGGAUUCGCGAACGCGAAGGCGGAGAGGAUGUCCGUCUCGCUGGCGUUCCGGCGGGCCGCCCGGCUCCUGCGCCUUCACCUGCAGGGGUCCCACGAGCGAGGGCAGGCGUCCACGGCGACGCUCUCCGGGACUCAGCAAAACUCCGCACUGAGGUUGGUGCCCGUCGCGCCUGGCACGCCGCCGAGGCUGGUCAUGAGCAGCCGCUCUGUCGAGCUGGACAGCUUGGAGGAUCGCCGCGAUGGCGCAGCGGGCGCCUCGCGGCCGAAGGGCGGUGCCGCCGCCGAGGGCGUGCCCAGCACGAGCGGCUGUGCCGCCGACGUGCGGCACCGCGCCCCCCCGGCGGAUUGGCCGCACGGCGCCUCACGGCACGACGUGCAGAUGGCCAUCAGAGACAUACUCAGCAGCUACGCGCUUGGCUCGGUGGUGCGCAGCUCGGUCUCGCACUUCAUCGGCGUCUCCAUAGACCAGUGGUCCCCGCGGGGCGUCCGCAUCCUAGAGGGCAAGAACAUGCCGUGCAUCCCCGAGGAUCAGCCCCUGGCCUGGUGCGCGCGGGAGAGCAUCCGCUCCGAGAGGGACUGCUGGAAAGAGGCCAUGAAGAUAGUGCGGAUGCUGGUCCCCGGCGAGACGGUGGCCGUCGACCUGAACUGCCCGCGGCAAAAGCGGAGGCUCAGCGGCACGCUGCUGCUCUCCCACGCGAAGGCAGCGCUGCUCCCGCGGAGGGCUGCGGACAUCAAGAUGAAGCGUGUCGUGAAGCGCGUGGUUCCCGUUGGCCGUGUCUCGAGCGAUGGCUGGAUGGAGGCUCAGUGGAUUGCCCUGGACGAAAGCUCUUUCCAGCUGCUGUCGGGGCGACUCUCGCAGAGCCAAUGUGACAAGCUCGCGGCGCUCCAGCACAAGCUUGUCGAACUCCAGAGGAAGGAGGAGCGCCAGGUCGAAGCCGCCAGGGGGGCCCUCCAGGCGGUUUGCGAGACCCAGGCACAAAUGGAGGAGAACAAGGCACAGCUCGAUAAGGCCAAGGCAGACGCAGCCAAGGCCCAAGUGGGCAGCCCGUCAUCGCAUGUCCUGGCUGCACUCCAUGGGACGGACGCCAAUAUCCAGGAGUUGCUCACCACGUUCGCCGAAGGCCUGGCCAAGUCUGAGGGAACCGAGGAGGGGAAUCCGCAGCUCCUGGAAGGUGACCAUGUUGUCAUAUUCGUUGCAAUAAACUUGGCGCCCCACCUGGGCAUCUCAGCACCGCAUUCGGGCAUGCGGGUAAGACUGAGGAUCGGAGAAUUCAAUAUGCCCAAGAGAGUCAUUGGCCCGUGCCCCGCGAUCGACAUGAGCAUACCUGUGCCUGCCUUACCUUGGGAGUGGCAUUCCAUUCGAGUUGAACAGUUGGUUGCCGAAGAACUAGCCAAGAUCCGGUCAACCGUGAACGAUGGGGAUGCGCACCGACACUGCAGUGGCAAACCAUGGCUCGACCUGGCCCAGCAGUGCAUGGCGUGCGCAUUGACGGUGGAGAGCUUAUGUGCCCAUCGCGACAUCGACAUCGACUUUGACGGUGGCGAACGUCGUCGAGGAUGGACAGUCCAGACCGUGGAGGCCCCCGUCGUCCCUGCGACGGCGAUCAGCUGGCAGGCGGAGUAUCAUGGGUUCAGUGCUUGGGCCGCUCUCUAUGCGCGAGUGGCUGACUGGCUACACCUUCGGGAGAAGCUGAAGGAUCCAGCGGAGAUCGAGCACGCUUGGAAAAUGGUAGGUGCCUGCCUCAGCACAGUCUGGUCUGUGCCGCGCCUCCUGCCUCGCGAGAGGGAGGAGCGCGGCUUGCGCAUAGUCAGUCACAUUGUUACGUUCAAGAAGGCCGCCGACCAGAGGGCCAACUUUUGGGAAGCCCUGCAGGGCUCGCAGGAUUUUGAGGGACCCGAGGGCUGGUGGGGGGAGUUCGCUUUGGAGGGCAGCAUGGGGCCCCUUGAGGGCGAGGUUCUUAACGUUCUAGAGUUCGGCAGGGAGCCCCUGUAA